AUGUCUGAAUCAGUGAUUAGAGAGUCUUUAGAACCGGAUGUGCAUGAAGAAGUUGACAAUGUAGCACAAGAUCAACGUGAGCCUGACGAUAUGGACGAUUUAUUUGGGGAUGAUAAUGAUGAACAAAAAGAAGAAGACGACCAAGAAGAUGAAGAAGACGAAGGCUCCUAUGGAGGCCAUAGAACCUCGUAUAUAGAUGAGGAAGAGGCAAUGUACAACAGAAAGUUCUACGGUGAGGAAGGGAGCGAUAUGUCAGACCAUGAAGAAGAAGCUUUAUUUAAGGAAGCUGAUGUUGAAUUGGUUAGACACGUCGUACCAUAUAAAACGUUCCCGGAAAAUGAAGAUGAUAAGACAAUUUAUUAUACAAAGGUUCCAGCUUUUCUAAGCAUAGAUCCAUUGCCAUUCGAUCCUCCAAGUUUUGAAAACAAAGUCAAAGAGAGAACGUCAAAUUUUUCUUCCGUUGAAGAUCAACUUGGGGAUAGAUUAAUAGAUGAAAACACGAUUAGAUGGAGAUAUUCACGAGAUGCAGAACAAAGAGUGUUCAAGGAAUCUAAUGCCCAGAUAGUUCAAUGGUCAGACGGUUCAUAUUCUUUGAAAUUAGGAGCUGAAUACACAGACAUUUUAGUUAACGGUACGGAUAAUACAUUUUUAACAGUCUCACAUGAUCAACAGGAAUUGAUGCAAUGUGUUGAUGGGGGACAAAUUAAUAAGACCUUGAUAUUUAUUCCUACUUCCACGAAUUCCAAAAUACAUCAGCGACUAAGCAAAGCCAUAGCCAGAAGGGAUCAAAGGGUACACAGUGGUCCAGGUACCAUGAUUGUUAAUUUAGAUCCUGAGGUAGAGAAGAGAGAAUUAGAAAAGAAGCAGACUCAGAUAAUAAGGGAAAGAAGAAGAAGACAAAUGAAGGAACAAGAGAGAUUAGAGUCUCCUGAACUUGGGGCAUUUAGUCACUCCAAUAGACGUUCACAAACACCAUCACAAGGUUAUGAAAGAACACAUAGAGAAGAUGAAUACGAAGAGGAUGAUUUCCUAGUUGACGACGAUGAAGAAGAUGAAUCUGUAGAGCUCGAAUCCGGUGCAGAUGAAGAAGAUGACGAAGAGGAAGAGGAAGCCCAAUUUUCCGAUGAAGACGAGGCACGAGCUGAAAGACUGAAAGAGAUGAAGAGAUCAAACAAGGUCGUCAUCGAAGAAGAAAACGAUGAAAACUCGCCAAAGAGGAGAAAAGGUCCUGUGAUAAGUGAUGAUGAAGAUGAAGAUUGA